UAUUCCUCAGGAGAAACACAGGCAAGCAACAAAUAGCUGUCAAAGUGUUCCUUCCCCUCUCUAAUUCUCUCUCUCUCUCUUUUAAUCUCCUCUGCUUCUUUCAUAUUCUUUAGUUGAGCCAAACAAAUUAAAGAAGAAGAAGAAGAAGAAGAAGAAAUGGAGGGAAAAAUGGGGUGUUUCGGGGACUUUAUUCAGAGGGCAAAGCCAUACAUAGCCAUGAUAUCCUUGCAAUUUGGGUAUGCGGGAAUGAACAUCAUAACCAAAGUUUCACUCAACAGAGGAAUGAGUCACUACGUUCUUGUUGUCUAUAGACAUGCCUUUGCCACUGCCGUUAUUGCUCCUUUUGCCAUUAUCCUUGAAAGGAAAGUGAGGCCAAAGAUCACAUUUCCCAUGUUCAUGCAAAUAUUUGUGCUGGGCCUUCUUGGACCUGUAAUAGAUCAGAAUUUCUAUUACGCGGGGCUGAAAUUCACCUCACCCACCUUCUCAUGUGCCAUGAGUAACAUGCUUCCGGCAAUGACAUUCAUCAUGGCCGUCCUUUGCCGGAUGGAGAAGGUGGACAUAAAGAAGGUGAGAUGCCAAGCAAAGGUGGUGGGAACAAUAGUGACAGUGUGUGGGGCCAUGUUGAUGACACUGUACAAAGGACGCGUCAUCAACUUUGUGUGGUCCCAGUACAUCCAUCCUCCUCACUCAUCCUCUCCUCCUCUCUCAGCUGCGGCUGCUGACAAGGACUGGGUUAAGGGCUCCAUUCUCCUUAUAAUUGCCACUUUUGCAUGGGCCUCUUUCUUCAUUCUUCAGGCAAUUACAAUGAGGAAGUACACAGCACAUUUGUCGCUCACAUCCCUCGUGUGCUUUAUGGGUACUUUGCAAUCUAUUGCUGUCACCUUUGUAAUGGAGCACAGACCCUCUGUUUGGUCUAUCGGGUGGGACAUGAACCUCCUAGCUGCUGCCUAUGCUGGUAUAGUAUCAUCAAGCAUUGCAUACUAUGUGCAAGGUUUGGUCAUGCAAAAAAGAGGGCCUGUGUUUGUGACUGCUUUCAGUCCAUUGAUGAUGAUUAUUGUUGCAAUCAUGGGAUCCUUCAUCCUCGCUGAGAAGAUCUAUGUUGGAGGUGUUCUUGGAGCUGUGUUAAUCGUGGCCGGACUUUACUCGGUUCUGUGGGGCAAAUACAAGGAGUACAAGGAGAAGGAAGCCGAGGCAAUCCCGGAACCAGUAAAGCACAACGGAGGAAACAACCAGAUGAUUAUGAUAAUCGAUGACCUUGAAGCAAACGAUGUCGAGAUGCAGAAAUCACAAGUGAACAGGAAUUUUGUACCAGCUAUCGCGAUUAGCGCCCCGAUUCCACAACCCCCCAUGUUGGCUGUGGCAGCACCAAAACCCUAAGCAGUUGGAAAACGUGAAAUGAACAAAUUAAUUAAGACAAGAAAAAGAAGAACAAGAACAAAGGGCGUAAGCUAGGCAGGGGAUAAGGGGCUUUUUUUGUACUUUUAUUAAUCUCACCGCGUUUUUCCAACCUUUUUUUUUUUUUUUCCUUUUUUGGGAAAAUGUCCUUACUUAUUGGACUUGUUAUGCUUUAUGUGUAACCUAAUAUUCUGAUGAGAACUUUACGAGAAGAGAAUGAGGAUUUGGGAAUUGCAGAUUUUCUUA